GGAUAAGUGUAUAAAUCAACUCGUCGGCAAAUUCACAGAGCGGCGAAUAUAAAAAAAGUGAUUUUUGGCUUAUAUCGUUAUUCGAUAGAAGUGGGAACAUCGAACAAUCUCUCAAAGUGGCGAAUCUUUAUUCUGUCACCUUGAUAAGUUAAUCGAUAUUUAAGUUUAGGCGUAUGUAACAAAAUACCAAAUAACAUUUCUUCAAACAGGCUAAUAUAUUCGCCUCUUUGAAAAAACUUUUUAAGUUACCGGCUGUUGGCGAAUAUGGAAUUCGCCAGUUUACGAACUAAAUUGGCGAGUUUUUUAACCUUAAAAAAGGUUAGUGUGUUCUGUGUCUUCUUACUGUAAACAUCCUUUUUACAAAAAAAAAACGAAUGCAUUAGUGUUGUGGGAUGAUGGAGAUAAGAACGUGGUGGAUUUUAAAGAACUAAAGUAUGCGGAUAAAACAAAAAGUGUUCUUGAUAUCGGUUGCAGAGUAAAAAUGAAAUAUAAAGCAAAAUGGUAUUAUGGAAAAAUUAUCGCGACUGAAGAGCAUGGCAGUGUUUUGGAGGAAUCAACAGAAACUGUUUCUUCUGAUAAUAGUUGGGAUGAUACUGACAAUCUUCCACUAUCCAAGGUAAAAGAAUUUUUGCUUACAAAUUUGGAAGGCUUAAAAAUAAAUGACGAAUCCGAAGGUGCCCAAAUUAGCAUAAUUCCAAGAAGAGAAGAGCAUGGAAGUAUUUUGGAUAAGUCAACAGAAAUUAUUUCUUCUGAUAAUAGUUCGGAUGAUACUAACAUGAAUCUUCCACUAUCUAACGUAAAAGAACUUUUGUUUGAAGAUUUGAAAAUCUCCAAACUAAAUGACGAAUCCGAAGGUUCCAAAAUUUGCAUAAUUCCAAAAAGCGAAGAACAUAGUACUGUUCUCGAGAUAUUAGCAGGAGAUUUUGCUUUGGAUAAUAAUCUUCCUUUUUCAAAGCCAAAAGAAAUUUUAGGUAAAACUUUGGAAGACCCUCAAAUUGUUGAAGAUCCUCAGGUUUCGUACAAAAAAAAAGUGAAUAUCAUUUCUGAUAUAAUAAUAUGCACUGUGGAACCAAAAACAGGUGUGCUACUAGAAGAUACAAAGAUGGAUUGCUCUGAUGACAUUAUUCUUGAUUCCGUAAAUUGCGAAUUUAAACAGUGCACCUUACAAGGUGCACAAUUUUGCGGUUGUGGUUACUUCCUUUGUCUGCAGCACUAUUAUGGGAAGACUGAUUGUAAAAUUCACGAAGUGGUUGACAGCAAUAAUUGCUUUACAAAAGUAGUACGACAAAACAAAAAAAAAGCAAGAUUAAAUUCGCUUGAUUGA